GGCGGGGCCCAGCGCAGGGGGAGGUUCUGGGGCUAAACCCGCUUUUUCCCGCCCGGUUUUGGGCGCUUCUCUGCGGGGUUCUUCCCUCCCCAGAAUGAGGUGGUGACCCCCCCCCCAGCCCCCCCGCCGGGGGUGCUCCUGCCCCCUCCUUCCCCCGGGCGGAGGCUGCUCGGGAGGACUUUGAAUGCUGCGGCUCCCCAGGGGAGUGUCCCCCGCCGCGGGGAGGGGGGGCCCCAUCCUCCUGCCCCCCCCUCCUCCUCCUCCUCCUCCUCAGCACCGGCACCACCCGAAGGAGGUCAUGUCUGUGAUGGGCUCCUCCGGGCGGGGGGGGCCCAGCCUGCGCACCCCCCCGCUACCCGCCGGCUGCCUCACCCAGCUCUACGCUCAUGCCAGCGGCCCCGCUCCUCGGGGGGGGGCUCUUUGUGCCACCCCCCAGAGCCCCCAGCUCAGGACCCUGCGCUCGGCUUCGGCGGGACGGCUGCAGGCCAAGAGGAAGCUAGACCUGGAGGGCCCUGGAUUCCGCACGCCCAAAGGGAAGGGCAGGACCUUGGCACAGGUCCCCAGCCCCAGGACUCCCAAGUCUCCCGGGGAGAAAACGCGCUACGACACCUCCCUGGGGCUGCUCACCAAGAAGUUCAUCCGCCUCCUGCACGAGUCCCCCGACGGCGUCGUGGACCUCAACCGAGCGGCCGAGGUGCUGGGGGUGCAGAAGCGCCGCAUCUACGACAUCACCAACGUGCUGGAGGGCAUCCAGCUCAUCCGCAAGAAGUCGAAGAACCACAUCCAGUGGAUGGGGACGGGGAUCUUCGAGGACACGGCGGUGAUGCUGAAGCAGCAGGCGCUGCGGGGGGAGCUGGCCGAGCUGGCCAGGAUGGAAAGGAGCCUGGACCAGGUCCUGCAGGACUGCAACCUGCAGCUCCGGGAGCUGACUGACAACGAAGCCAACCAGAGGCUGGCCUAUGUCACCUACCAGGACCUCCGUGCCAUCAGCAGCUUCCAGGAGCAGACGGUGAUUGCCGUGAAGGCUCCUCCGGAGACGCAACUGGAGGUGCCGGACUUCAGUGAGGGUAACUUCCAGCUCCACCUGAAGAGCACCACCAGCCCCAUUGAGGUGUACCUCUGCCCAGAGGAGAUCCAGGAGGAGAGCCCCACCAAGGACCGCAGCAUCCCCUCCACUGCCGCCUCCCCAUGGCACCACAGCAACCCCCUUUCCCUGCCAAACAGCCCUGGGCCAGCCCCACCACCCCCCACCUCCAUUCCUCCGAGCUGGGGGGGGGCAGGAACCCCCUCCUCACCCCCAUCUCUGCCUCUCUGUGUGCCGGGGGGGCCCAGCUCGCUGCUGGAGGUGGAAGCUGGGCUCCUGGGCUCACCCCAUCACCUCCUGCAGCAGACUGAGGACCAGCUGCCCUGCGCCUCCUCCACCUUGGACUCGGGACCCUUUGUCACCUUCUCGCCCCCCCUGGGGCAGGACGAUUACCUCUGGGGGCUGGAGGGCGAGGGCGUCAGUGACCUCUUCGAGGCGUAUGACCUGGGGGAGCUGCUGAAGCACUGAGCAUGGGGGACAUCCCUGCUGCCUCGCUCGU